CCGGCAGGCUGGGAGGGCGGCGCCCGGGCCGGGGCGGCAUCUCAGGUAGAGCGGCGCCCGGGGACCGGCGUGCCUCGGGGGGGCCGCGGCCGGAGAGUCCGGGGUCCGCGCCGUCGGCGGGGCCUCGUGGGAAGCCGCGUCGGGAGGCGCCUCCCCAAGGUUUGGGAAGAAGCUGUCCGCGCAUGCCGUGGGUGAGGCGGAGGCGAGAUGACCGAGUCCUAUGUGAAGAAGCUGGCCGCCAUCCUGCUGGACGCCAUCACCGACAAGGACCCUCUGGUGCAGGAGCAGGUGUGUGGCGCCCUGUGCGCCCUGGGAGAGGCUGCGCCGGAGGAGGCACUCGGCGCCUGUGAGGAGUACCUGCGGCAGCAUGAGAAGCUGGCACACCCUUACCGGACGAUGAUCCUGAGGGCCGUGGAGGUGCUUGUGAGCAGCCACAUCGGUGAGCUGGACAAGGCUGAGGCCAGGGCUGUCACCCUCCUGGCUUCCAGCGAGAUGACCAGGGCGAAGGAGUUGGUCUGUGACUGGCAGCGGGCCGCCAGCGACGUCCUGGUGGCCGUCGGAAAGCGCUUCGUCAGCACGGUGAUGGAGGAGCUGCUGAGCAAGUUCCAGCCCGGGGCCCUGCCCCACUGCUCCGUCGUGCAGACCCUUGCCAACCUCGCGGCCUCCAACGUGUUCGGCAUGGUGCCCUUCCUGACGUCCAUCCUGAGUACCAUGCUACCCAUGCUGGGCAUGGCCAAGCACGACGCAAUGAGGGUGGCCUUCUGCUGCGCUCUGCAGCACUUCAGCGAGAGCAUUCUGGAGUACCUGGCCGACCUGGACCAAGCCCCAGACCCGACGGUCAGGAAGGACACCUUUGCCGCCGACAUGCUCAGUGCCUACGAUAUCCUCUUCAACCACUGGCUGCAGAGCCGCGAAGCCAAGCUCCGGCUCGCUGUGGUGGAGGCCCUGGGCCCCAUGAGCCACCUGCUGCCUGGCGAGAAGCUGGAAGAGCAGCUGCCCAAGCUCCUGCCUGGGGUCCUGGCCCUCUACAAGAAGCACGCGGAGACCUUCCACGUGUCCAAGAGCCUGGGCCAGAUCCUUGAGGCCGCGGUGAGCGUGGGCAGCCGCACGCUGGAGCCGCAGCUGGACUCGCUCCUGGCCGCCCUGCAUGCUCAGAUCUGUGUGCCCGUGGAGUCAUCCAGCCCCUUGGUGGUGAGCAACCAGAAGGAGGUGCUGCGCUGCUUCACCGUGCUGGCUCGCUGUGCACCUGACCGCCUACUGGCCUUCCUGCUGCCCAAGCUCGAUACCAGCGGCGAGAGGACCCGCCUGGGCACGCUGCAGGUCGUGAGGCACGUCAUCAACUCGGCCGCUUCUCAGAUGGAAGUUAAGAAGCCCUUUAUUCUGUCCUCCAUGAGGCUUCCUCUUCUGGACACCAACCCCAAGGUGAAACGGGCCGUGGUGCAGGUGAUCAGUGCCAUGGCCCACCACGGCUACCUGGAGCAGCCCGGAGGAGAGGCGAUGGUGGAGUACAUCGUGCAGCAGUGUGCACUGCCCCCCGAGACGGAGAAGCUGGGUCCCGACAGCGAGGACCUCACCGCGGACAGCGUGCGGGCCAUCAGCAUCAGUACCCUCUACCUGGUCAGCACCACCGUGGACAGGAUGAGCGACGUGCUCUGGCCCUACCUGCUGGCCUUCCUCACCCCCGUGCGCUUCACCGGGGCGCUGACCCCGCUCUGCAGGAGCCUCGUGCACCUGGCCCAGAAGAGGCAGGAGGUGGGAGCCGAGGCCUUCCUCAUCCAGUCCAACAGCAACGUGGCCCUCCCCUCACCGUACGCCAUCACCACGAGGCUGCUGACAGUGGCCUCCCAGCCCUACGUCGGGGACGGCCGCGGGGCCGCCUCUCUGCGCCUCUUGAACGCCCUGCAUCGUAGCAUCCACCCUCUGCUGGGGCAGCGCUGGGCAACCACAGUCCCCCCGUUGCUGGAGCACCUGGACGAAUUUACCGAAGAAACCCUGUCCCAGAAGGAGUGGGAAGAAAGGCUGCUUGCGUUCCUUCGGGACACGCUGGCUGUCGUGUCUGACAACACGUGGAUCUGCCAGCUGAGCCUGGAGAUGUGCAAACAGCUGCCUUGCUACAGCGGGCUGCCCCAGGAGAAGAACUUCCUGUACAAGUGCGUGGGAACCGCGCUGGGGGCCGCCUCGAGCAAGGACGUGGUGAGGAAGCAGCUGCGGGAGCUGCUGGAGGCGGCAGGACACCAGGAGGAGGCUGAGCGCGAGGGCCUCGCCUGCUGCUUUGGGAUCUGUGCCAUCUCUCACCUGGAUGACGUCCUGGCCCAGCUGGGGGACUUCAUGAAGUCGGAUGUGUUCAGAAGAUCCACGGGCAUUUUCAACAUUUUCAAGGAGCGCAGCGAGAACGAGCUGGAGAAGCUGAAGGGCACCGCGAUCCUGUGCUACGGGCACGUGGCGGCGCGGGCCCCCCGGGAGCUGGUGCUGCCCAAGGUGGAGUCGGACCUCCUGCCGAACAUGUUCCGCUACUUCAGCACCAAGGUUCUGGGAAUAAAGGUAGAGACCAAGGACCCGGCUCUGAAGCUGUGUCUGGUCCAGAGCGUGUGCAUGGCCAGCCAGGCCAUUUGCAGCAGUGCCCAGGCCGGCUCCUUCCACUUCUCCCGGAAGCCAGAGUUGGUGGCACAGAUGAUGGAGUUCAUCAAGGCAGAGCCCCAGGACUCCCUGAGAUCACCCAUUCGGAAGAAGGCCAUGCUUGCCUGCACUUACCUGGUCUCCUUGGAGCCGGCGCUGGAGGAGCAGAUGCGGGCCGAUCUGAUGCGUCGCUGUCUGCACAGCGUCCUGUCCGUGCUGCCCAAUCCCGAGGGGGAGUGCGACCACCAGGAGUCCCUGUACCUGGAUACCAUGCGUGCCCUUGAGGAUUUGCUCACCAGCCUCCUUCGGCGGGAUAUGACCCCCCAGGGCCUGCAGAUCAUGGUGGAGCACCUGAGCCCAUGGAUCAAGUCCCCACGGGGCCACGAGCGGGCGCGGGCACUGGGCCUGAGCGCCUGCCUGCUGCGGUACUUCCUGGACCACCUCCGUGUUGGCGCCCUGGUGCCCUUCCACAACCUCGGCCUCCUCAUAGGCCUCUUCUCCCCUCGCUGCGCGGACUUGUGGCCCGCCACCCGCCGGGAGGCCGUGAGCUGUGUCCACACCCUGCUGUACCUGCAGCUGAGCUACGACGGCUUCGCCCGCGACUACCGGGACGAUGUGGUUGAGCGACUCCUCACCCUCAAAGACGGCCUCGUGCACCCCGACCCUGACGUCCACUUCCACACCUGCCACAGCAUCGGCCAGAUCAUUGCGAAGCGCCUCCCGCCAGAGCAACUCAUCAGCCUCUUGCUGACCAUGUUUGAGGGGCUGGGCGACCCCGACAAGAACUGUUCUCGGGCCGCCACCGUCAUGAUCAACUGCCUGCUGAAGGAGCGAGGCAACGGGCUCCUGGAGAAGGUACCUGAGCUUGUGACCGUGCUCCGCUCGAAGCUGCGGGACACCCGGGAGGAGGCCAUCCUGCAGGCCGCCCAGCACAGCGUGUACCUCCUGGCGUCCCAGCACUGCGCCGCCGUGGUGGCCAGCCUCCUGGGCAGCCCCCUGCCCUUUGACAGCCACACCUGUACUCUGUGGCGCGCGCUGGCUGUGGAGCCCGGCCUCACCACGCAGGUCCUGGGGCUGCUCCUGGACAAGAUGAGCAAGGACGUCCCGUUCAAGGAGACCCGGACCUUCCUGCUGAGCAGCUCCCCGGGCCGCGAGGCCACUCUGCUGCCCCUUGCCGCCACGUGCGCGCUGUACGAGGUGAUGAGCACGCCGGCGUCCGGGCCCGCGGUGCUCGGGCUCUACCCCCAGCUGUUCGCGGCGCUGCUGCAGCGGGUCAGCUGCACCGUGGGCGUCACGCUGCCGCGGACCCUGCAGGCCAAGGAGAGGAGGAGCACGGCCUCUGCUCCAGCCCCCAGGACCCUCGAGCCCUGCAGCCCAUCAGGGACCCCCUUCGGACGUGUCAGACGCCCCGCCCCACGGAGAGGGCUCCUCCCCUGCAGCUGUCACUGGGCUGUGGGAACCUUGUGGUCUCUACCAAGUGGGCCCGGGGUCCUGGGGCAGGAGGCCAGCGGCUGGAGCGGCCUGCCGGCAGCAGUUACCAGAGCUGGUGCCGGGACACCUGCCUGCCUGACCUGGUCUCAUUCCUGCGCCCUCUGGGGAGGCACCUCAGGGCUCCAGGUGACUGCUCCAGGCCACAGGGCGACACACGAAGCCCGAGGAACAGUGAGCUCAGGCUACCUCCCUACCCACUGCAGGCCUGCGGGGUCAAGUGGCCCCCGGGGGUGCAGCGGGCAGCAUUUGCUUGUCCCCUCCUCUCGGCCCCCGGGCUGCCCCACACAGGAGCCACUCACACCUUUUGCCAGAGACCGUUCAGCAGAGCCUUCUGGUUCUGCGCAGACCAAGCGGAAAAUGUGAAUGGACUUGGCGCCUUGGGCCUGGCGCACCGACCCCGCUCCAUGGCCUGGGAGCUGCAGGGCUACAAGCUCCCAUCAGGCUCCCCAGCUGCCACCCCUGAGCUGAGGGGUGCAGGGCCAGGCCUCGGAAGUCUGACCCCAGGAAGGACCCCAUCUGUAAGAACCCUCGGCAGCAGGGUGGACAGGCCGUGGUGGCGCCUCAUCCGAGCAGCUAGCACACUUCUCAGGCAAACCUGCGUCCGGGCACUUGGGCUUGGUCACGGCCCGUCGGAACUGGAACUGGCCCUGAACAAGCCGUCUGGUCACAGAGCCCCUGCCGCUCGUGGAGGCCUGGCGGGAACCUGCGGCCGGACACCAGCGUCACGUGCUCUGCCUUAGGGGCGAGGUGGCCACUUGCCGGGGAGAGGUCAGCCCUGGGGAGGGCGGGAGGUGCUGUGGUCCCGGCGCCGCCUGUGCGGCACCCCCCAGCCCCGGUGAGCACGCUCGGGGCUGCAGGCAUUGCCGCGGGGCUCUGCUGAGACCCAGGCCCGCGGGCUCCCUCCCCUGUCGCCUGCCUGCUGCCGGCCCCCAGUGCUUCCCAGUCAGCUGGGCAAAAGGCAGUUGCUAAAUCCCAAAUGCGCCCUGGGGGCUCCGGCCGCUCCUGCAAGGGAGACUGGAGAGGCCGGUGCCCGCAGGGCUGGGUGAAGGCGGUGGGCACAGCUGUGCCUGCCAUCCCCCCGGCUGGGCCGCCGGCCCGUCCUGGCCUGUGGGCAGGGUUGCCCUCCUCACCUGCCAUCCCUAACCUGGGUUCUGGGGUCUCCCGGGGAGGGUGUGGCUGUGCGCCUGUGAGCACGGGGGCUCGUUCUUGGGGGCCUGGACCCUGCUCCUCUGGCCGCUCAUCUGAAGACCCCUCGCAAGUCAGACCCUGACCCGCUAUAUGCUUUCUAUGCUACUUUCGAUAACUUUCUAUGCUUUCUUCUGUUUCUUAAUUAAAUGGAGGUCAUCAAGGAAACUGAAAAGCUCUGUAGGUUGUGACACGAACAGUGCCGCGAGGCCUUGGGCCACUGCCAGCAGCGACUCCCCACCUGCCCGUCAUAGGGUGGUGGUCAGAGGGUCCAGAGCUACCUCCUGGUGCCCAGCUCGAGAUGGGGGGAACUGAGGGGCCCCCCAGAGGGUGCUGCUGGCCGGGUACAGGCCAGGCAGCCCGGAGACAUCCCCCCGACCCAGGAGGCUGAGCCUGUGUAUGUGGGGGGCCCUCUGGCACCCGCAGACCCAUCCGCACAUGUCCCUGCAGCUCUGCCGUGGAGGCCCUGCAGGCCA